AUGUCUACCACUUGUAUAUGGCCUCGUGACGCAGCGAUAGACAAAGGUGUCCGGCCGCUGUUAUCUUCUGAAUUCACAUUGACCUGGUCCGUCUUGAGAAAGAAUUCCACUAUUUGUCCGUGGCCACAUGCUGCCGCAUGGAAUAACGGCGUCAUCAUGGUCCUGACCGAUCCCAGCGCCGAAUAUUACACGGAUCCGUGGGAGGGGCUGUCAUCUGGUUUCCCCAAUCCUGACACCUCGGAUCCGACAAUCUCCAUCCUGGAGCUUCGAGAUCGCCACGACCUGUCUCCUCGCGCCGCGUUUGAGCCGCUGCGGCGUACCCUGCUGGACCAGAUCCAGAUCAGCCAGGACCAGCGGAUGCAGCAGGGUUUACUCUUCUCUGCCCAGCAUUUGAAUCAUCUCUGGAAUCGGACCCUUUGCGGGGGCCAGCUAGUGACUCCCGAGGCCCGCAUUGAUUGCCUUCGAAUCGCGCGGGAGAAGUUGCCGGUCGAUCCAUCGCUGGGUCCCCGUCUUGCGGAAUUUCUCGCUUACGCGUCACGAGCUGGCUGCCCGCCACAUGACAUCCACAUCGUCGUCGCAUCCGCGCUGCUGAUAGAUGCUUACCCUGCUGGCAUGCACAGUUCCGGGCGGACGACGUCUACGACAGCCUAUAUCGAGAGCACUGUCGGGCAGCGUGGGAAAUCCGCCAAGACCCUCACCCGGAUCGGCAUUGUGAUGCGGUCCACAAGUGUUUGGCGCAGUUUGUGGAGCGACUAG